GCAUUUGCGGGCUCUAUAACCCUGCCAAGAAAAACACCACCUUAUCACACCACACGCCUCCCUCCCUGCCUCCUACUCUCUCAGAUCCUCUAGCUUCACAUUCGUCGACAUGGCCACCACCACCACAGCGGCAGCUACAUCCUCCUUCCUCGGAACCCGUCUUCCGGAGGUCCACUCCAGCUCCGGUCGUGUCCAGGCAAGGUUUGGUUUCGGACCCAAGAAAGCUCCUAAAAAGAUCGCAAAGCGCACCUCAGACCGUCCAUUGUGGUAUCCAGGAGCCAUAGCACCAGACUAUCUGGACGGCAGCCUCGUGGGUGACUAUGGGUUCGAUCCCUUCGGACUAGGCAAGCCGGCCGAGUACUUGCAAUUUGAGUUGGACUCCUUGGACCAGAACUUGGCUAAAAACGUUGCCGGUGACAUCAUCGGAACCAGGACUGAAGUCGCGGACGUGAAAUCAACUCCAUUUCAGCCCUACAACGAAGUCUUUGGCUUGCAGCGGUUCAGAGAAUGUGAGUUGAUCCACGGAAGGUGGGCUAUGUUGGCUACUCUUGGCGCCUUGGCUGUCGAGUGGCUAACCGGAGUUACCUGGCAGGAUGCCGGAAAGGUUGAGCUUGUGGAAGGAUCAUCAUACCUGGGUCAACCACUUCCAUUCUCCAUGAGCACAUUGAUCUGGAUUGAGGUGCUGCUCAUUGGAUACAUUGAGUUCCAAAGGAAUGCCGAGCUUGACCCCGAAAAGAGGCUGUACCCUGGCGGAAGUUUCUUUGACCCGCUCGGGUUGGCUGCUGACCCUGAGAAGAAGGCUACCCUUCAACUUGCCGAGAUCAAGCAUGCCCGCCUUGCCAUGGUUGCCGCCCUCGGCUUUGCCGUCCAAGCCGCCGCGACUGGCAAAGGCCCGCUUAACAACUGGGCUACCCACUUGAGCGACCCUCUCCACACGACCAUUUUUGACACCUUUGGACUUUUCUCUUAGAACGCCAACCUGCUCAUCCUUGAAUGGACACCUUUGGACUUUUCUCUUAGAACGCCAACCUGCUCAUCCUUGAACAUCCGCCUCCAAGUUGAGAACACCUUAAUGGAUUCUUACAUCCGUUCUCAUUAUGUAAAGAACUGUGUAAUUUAAAGAACUGUGUAAUUUGACAGCUUAAUUGAGCAGCA